AUGCUGGUGGUCCUCACGGGACGGGAGCCACUCUCGGAAACUGCUGGAGAGAGCUGGAAGAUCACUCCGUGGGCAGCGGAGUGCAUAUCCUCGAAUGACGUGGGGAGCCUCAUGGACCCCACCAUGGACGCCCCUGCUGAAGCUGUGCUGCGUGUGGCUCAGAUCGCCCUCGCCUGCACUGGAGAGCGCACUGCAGACCGCCCAAGCAUGCUGCAGGUUGCCAACGAGCUCCAGGCCAUCCGGGAGGCGGUGGGGGGGAAAGAGGUGUUGGGUGCGGCUGUCAAGGUGGAUGCGCAGGUGCAGGAGAUGAAAGAUGUUGUCGCGGGUGUCGCAAGCCUUGACACGGAAAUUAUGAAGAUUGGAGAGCAGAUUUCAGGAUAA